AUGGAGAAUUCAGGAGGAUGUUUCAGCACCGUCGACUCCCGAGCUGGACUCAAUGGCCUCGAUGCCAUUACACCGUUUAAAUCUUCGCACGACCGCUGCUUCGUGCCACAGACUACCACAGGUUCUCCCCAAGGCUUAUUGCCCCACAGCGCCCGCAGUUCUGCCGACUAUGUAACUCAGCCUCAGCACAGCAUGUACUCUGCAGGCUUUCCAACAUUCUGUGACCCGCGUGUCAUAAAAUCAUCAUCAGAGCCCGAGGGCGUGGAUGUUCGCUUCGAUUUAUUGCUCCAUGGCACAUCCGAUCCUGCCUAUGAGCCCGCUGCGCAACCCUUCCAGGGCUUUUAUUUCGGGGAGCAUGUCCCCUUCAGUUCUUCGGCCAGACCCGACGCGCAACUUUCCGUCCCCGUUGUGCAGACUAACCAAGCAAAGGACAGAGUAGAAUGCACCUGGGACGGGUGCCCGGCACUCAUCAGCAAAGAUAGCCUCACUCGCCACGUCGAAGAGGUGCACGAGGGGAAGAUCAAGGCUGUUUGUACAGGCUGCGGAAGGGUGUUCAAGCGCCAGUAUCAGAUGAAUGAGCAUAUCCCUAGAUGUGGGAGAUCCUAG